UUUUGUUGCAGUUUUGUGUAUUUUCAGAAGUUGCUGAUUUUAGUUGUGUUUUUGUGUCAUAUUUAUGCUUUAGAAAGAUAUUUAAAGCAAAUGUACGACAAAUAAUUGCGUUUAAUUUAAAAAAUAUAAUAUUUUAACAUUUGUGCAAUGGCGUGUUUGCUUUGCAUGGAAGUUGCCACAACACCGGCACAACGUUUCAUUGAUAUUUUCUCUGAAGAAGGUUGCCAAAUGACAGUCUGCAGCAUUAUAGCCAAGCAUUUGUGGUUGAAACCUGAACGGGAUAUAUGUACGGGUCAACGCAUCUGUUGGACAUGUUGGGAGGCUUUACGGGACUUUCAUAUAUUUUAUCAACGUGUAGCCGAGGUACAUAAUCGUGCAGAUUGGAAGACUCCAUUUGCUCAUAUUGAGCAGGAGCAGGAAAACGAUCCAUUGCCACAAGAAAUUCAUCUUAAAUCGGAAGACGCGGUGGAUACCGAGGAAAAGUUACAAAACUCUAUAAAUGUGGAAGAGAACAUAUUCGACUCAGAAGUAAAAUUGGAAGUGUACGAUUUGGAUUUAUUACCACAAAUCGAAAUCAUCGAAGAGAGCACACCCAUAAGUGAAAGGGCACAACGCGCAAAGCGUCGUGGCCGUCCUCCAAAAGAUGCAAAUGCCAAAAUAUCAGCAACUACUAAACGUGUAAAGCAAGAAACACCUCAACCGUGUGCUGAAAAUAAUGAUGAUGAUGAUUCAGAAACCGAAUUGCCUUUAUCUGUCUUACUAAGUACUAGUAUCAAGACUGAUACCAAGGAAGAUGCUAAAUCUUCUAUUGAUACAUUACCACAAGACGAAAAAUCAAGUGAAAAAGAAGUUACAACUACCGCAACUGCGGAACCGGAGAAACGAAGACGUGGUAGACCUAGAAAAGUACGAAAUGAUGAAGAAAAACCUAAUAAUAAAGAUGACACGAAAGGUGACAUAAAAAAUGAGUGUAGUAUUAUGAAUAGCGACGACGAAUUUGUAGACAAUGAUCACGACUUUGCCCCUGCCGGCGGCGUAUCAGGAACAGAUGAUAGCGUUGACUCCAGCAGCGAACAUACAGAUUCUGAUCACAGUUUACCCGACUUCGAACCUAAGCCACAAUAUGCUGUCAUACCGAAAAGAAAGAUUGUUAAGCCGAAAAAGUAUCGUAAACGCGAAAAACCACUUGUGCCUCCUAAACGUAUGUCACGUGAGGAGAUCGAGGCGAAGCGUGCACAACAAGAUGAAUACGAUAGAGUAAUACGUCAAUUUUUCGGACGUUUUGCUUGUCCUAAAUGUGAAUUGCUGGUACAAAAUUUUGCCGAAAUACGUGGGCAUUUUCGUGCUUCGCAUAAUGAGGAUCCGGGUUAUAUGAUGUGUUGCGGUCGCAAAUUUCCACAGAGAAAAGCUUUGGCCGAGCAUAUUUAUUUACAUUGGAAUCCAGAACACUUUAAAUGCACCACAUGCGGUAGGCUAUUCACCGACAGUCGUAAUCUCGAGCAACAUGAAGAGGCGCAUGUUAAUCCACCCGAACCGAAGGAGCGCAAAAUGUUCCAGUGUGACAAAUGUCCGAAAGUUUUCACAACAAAGGCGGCUUUUGAACAUCACUCCUUUUCCAAGCACGUGCCCAAGUCAGAAUUCAAAUUCGCAUGCACGCAGUGCAAUAAAAAAUUACCAACACAACGUAAGCUCAAGGAUCACAUUAAAUAUAAUCACGAUCCGGAAAGCACAAUUAUUUGUGACAAAUGCGGCAAACAGGUGCGCACGCAGUACCUUAAAAAACACCAUCAACUGGAGCAUUCCGAAGUGCCACGGCCUGUGCCCCAGCCAAUGCAGUGUCAGAUAUGUGGCACUUGGUUGCGACACAUGUCUGGCCUUAAACAGCAUAUGAAAUCGAUACAUGAAGAUCCGGGUGGUGAACAUCGCUGCCAGAUUUGUAAUAAAGUCUCGACAACAUCACGCGCACUCAGGCGUCAUAUUUACCUCAAUCAUGAAUGUGAGCGCAAAUUCAAAUGUACAAUGUGCGAGAAGGCAUUCAAGCGACCACAAGAUCUUAGGGAGCAUACCUCAACACAUACUGGUGAAGUGUUAUACACCUGUCCUAAUUGUCCAAUGACUUUCUUCUCGAAUGCUAAUAUGUAUAAACAUCGACAGCGUUUGCAUCGUGCUGAAUGGGAGGCGGAUAGGAAAAAGCCCAGGCAUAUAGCGAAUAUUAUGGCGCAGGCUAUGGGUGCGACAGCCGCUUUGAAAGCAAAACAAGCUGUAGGUGCGGCAACGGCUUUUUUCGCACAAAAGAUGAACACGAGUGUUAGUACGAUUAGUACAGAAAGUGUCAAUGCCAAUCCGGAGGCCGUGCAACAACAUUUAGAAAUGACUAUACAAUAAGAUUCACUGAGAUUAAAGAGAAUAAUAUAUAUACAUAUAUAUAUAUCAUAAACACAGUUAUUUAUUAAGUUAAAUAUAAGUCGCUCAAAAUAACUAUAAUAGUAUUUCCAACAGUUAUAAAAAAACUGUAUAAGUAUGUAUAUGCAUACAAAUAAAGGGCAUGCUUAAAAGAGUUUUACAUAAUUGAA